AUGUCUAUCAUUCAAGCAUUGGGUUUAAACACCAGAGUUCCAUACCACUUUUUAUUCUAUUCUUUCACAUUUGGUGGUACAGCAUUCUACUCGUACGUUGUUUCUCCAAUCUUAUUCAAGAAAUUGAGUAGAGAAGAGUUUAGUACUGUUCAAUCCAAGGUAUUUCCAUACUACUUCAAAUAUCAAAUUACUUCACCUUUAAUCUUGGCCUUGAUCACACCAUUUAACUAUUGCCCAUUCACAUUGGGUGCAUUGGCUGUCUCCUCAUUUGCUGGUUUGAUCAACUUGUUCUUUUUGGAACCAAAAUGUCAUGCCGUUAAGGAAGAAAGAACCAAAUUGAUUGCUAUCAGCAAGGACAAGAAAGAUAACGGCGAGCCAAGUGAUGAGAUGGUUGCUCUCAACAAGACUUUUGGUAGAUGGCACGGAUUGUCUACCUUGGUGAAUAUCGUUUCACUUGCCUCAUUGGCCGUUUACGGUACUACUUUGGCAAAGGGUCUCAGUAAGCUCCACUACUAA